AUGAAGGUAGAGCGCGUCUUGCACAUGAACGGGGGCGACGGCGAGACAAGCUAUGCCUCCAACUCCAGGGUUCAGGAGAAGGCCAUACUGAAGACGAGGCCGGUGCUCCACAAGGCCGUGGCGGCGGCACACGCAUUGUCGUCGCUCUCCUCCUCCUCCACCGGCGCCAUGGUCGUCGACCUCGGCUGCUCGUCGGGGCCCAACACGCUCCUCUUCGUGUCCGAGGUGCUUGGAACGGUCGCCGAUCAGCGUGAGGAGGAGUUGGCGGCGGCGGCGGGCGUCGGCCAGCAUCAGGCGCCGUCGUCGCGUCGUACUGUGCAGCACCACGUGCAGUUCUUCCUGAACGACCUCCCCGGGAACGACUUCAACCUCGUCUUCCAGUCCCUGGACAUGUUCAGGAAGCUGGCCGUCAAGGAGAAGGGGGAGGCGUUGCCGCAGUACUACGUCGCCGGGCUCCCGGGAUCCUUCUACACCAGGCUCUUCCCUGACCGCUGUGUUCAUCUCUUCCACUCCUCCUACUGCCUCAUGUGGCGCUCCAAGGUACCUGAGGAGCUCGCCAGAGAGACCGUUAUAAACGAAGGCAACGUGUAUAUCUGGGAGACCACACCGCCAUUGGUGGUGAAGCUGUACCAGAGGCAGUUCCAGGAGGAUUUCUCCUUGUUUCUCAAGCUGCGUCACAAGGAGCUUGUGUCGAAUGGCCAGAUGGUACUGACAUUUCUUGGCAGGAAGAACAACGACGUGCUGCGUGGCGAAAUCAGCUACAUCUGGCGGCUGCUUGCGCAGGCUCUUCACUCCCUAGUCAAAGAGGGCCGUGUGGAGAAGGAGAAGCUGGACUCCUUCAACAUUCCGUUCUACGCGCCUUCAGUGGACGAAGUGAGAGACGUGAUCAAGCAGAGCGAGGCAUUUGAUAUCAACCACAUCCAGCUCUUCCAGUCCAACUGGGAUCCCCAUGACGACCUGGAUGAUGGCGACCUCGUGCUCGACAGCGUUAAGAGCGGUGUCAACGUCGCCCGGUGCAUAAGGGCUGUCAGUGAGCCCCUAAUCGCACACCAUUUUGGCGAGCACAUUCUUGACGAUCUCUUCGAGAUGUAUGCGCACAAUGUUGGUGUGCACCUCCAGAAAGUGAAGACCAAGUACGCUGUCAUCGUCCUUUCUUUGAAGGCAAGACGUGUGCCAAAGUACCAUGGGAGGAAUGACGAUUAUUAUUGA